ACCCACCAUUUGUCUUCUUCCCUCCAAUUCGCCUUUUUUUAAUUUCUCCACAUAAGCGGAGGUGACUUAAAAGAAGCGGCUCGGUGAGAAUGUCGGCGGAAGCUAGCGGCGGAGGACAGACGGAGGACAAGAAGCCGGGGGAUGCUGCUCACAUUAAUCUCAAAGUGAAGGGCCAGGACGGCAACGAAGUGUUUUUUAGGAUCAAGAGAAGCACUCAGCUGAGGAAAUUGAUGAAUGCGUAUUGCGAUAGGCAGUCGGUAGAUUUCAACUCGAUUGCUUUCUUAUUUGAUGGGCGGAGGCUCCGAGGAGAGCAGACUCCCGACGAGCUUGAGAUGGAGGAUGGAGAUGAAAUUGAUGCAAUGCUUCAUCAGACUGGAGGCGGUGGUGGAAGUCCAUAGCUGGUAAUUGGAAAAGAAAGCUUGGGAGCAUUAGUGUUGGUAAAGUAUCAUCUUAUUGUUGUUAUAUCUAAUGUAAAUGAAAGAUCUGGUGAACUUUGGGGUUCUGUUUUAUUAUGCAUGAAUAUAUUUGUUUGGAAAUCAA